AUGGUUUCUAAUUCUCAGUCCCUAGCACCGAACAGAAGGAAGCAACUGGUUGAGGAGGCUUUGGCAACAGUGAGAGUAGGCACCGAGCUGGGUAUGGACUACCAAGGCAAAGAGGAAGAGGUUGUGGGCAGAAUUGUGGAGCUGGAAGAGAAGGAUAGGAGCAGAUUUGGAGGAGGAGGUUUGGGAAGACCAGAAAAGAGGGGAAAGAUAAAGAGAUUGGUGAGGGAGAGAGGGGUUGAUGUGCUCUUUCUUCAGGAGACCAAGAGAAGAAUUAUGGAGGAUCAUUUUGUGAAAUCAAUUUGGCCCUAUGAAGAAAUGGAAUAUAUGGUGGUGGAUUCUGUGGGAAGUGCUGGAGGUCUACUGUCUAUAUGGAGGCCACAAAUCUUCGAGCUUAAGUGUUGCUGCAGUGGUAAAAACUUCAUCAUUUUAUCAGGUACCUCUAGUCCUUCUUUUCAGUGUUCCCUUGUAAAUAUCUAUGCUCCUAAUGACGUUCUUGGGAGGAGGCAGUUAUGGAAAUCUCUUGUGGGUAUUCAUCAUCAUUUUCCAAAUCCGUGGUGUGUUGGAGGGGAUUUUAAUGAAAUUAGAUUUAUGGGGGAAAGGAAGGGUUGUUUAUCCAGAGAUAGGGGGAUGAAGGAUUUUAAUGAACUUGUGGAAAAAUUGGAACUAACUGAUAUGCCUCUGCUUGGGAGGCAGUAUACUUGGUGUAAUGCCAUGGAUGGGAACAGGUGGAGUAGGAUCGAUAGAUUUUUGUUAGAUGUGAAGUGGAUGGAAAAAUUUUCGUUUAAGCAAUGGGGUCUCCCAAGGUCUAUCUCAGAUCACUGUCCCAUUUUGAUACAGGAAGAUGGUAGGGAUUGGGGACCAAAGCCUUUUAAAUUUAUCAAUGCCUGGUUAUCUCAUCCAUCCUUCAUUUCAGAGGUAAAGAAGAGGUGGGAGGAAGCUCAAGUUCAAGGGUGUGAUAAGAAAACUAAACCUGCUUAG